ACUGCAGUCACGUGACCGCAAACGUCAACACCGAAAUGGCAGCCUCCUGUUUUGUAAAUUGACACAAGGUCCAAGCUGGUAAAGGAGUGAGUCUUUUUUGACCCGAGAAUCUCAUUUCCAAGACGAAAUCAUCGGACAAAGGCAUGUCUCCAAAGAUCACGGGAGAGCUGCUCAGGCAGCUUCGCCAGGCCAUGAAGAGCUGUAAAUAUUUCUCUGAACCCAUACAAGCAUACAUCAUCCCCUCUGGAGAUGCACACCAGAGUGAAUAUAUUGCACCAUGUGACUGCAGGCGUGAAUUCAUCUGUGGAUUUAAUGGCUCUGCAGGUACAGCCAUCGUUACAGAGCAGCACGCUGCCAUGUGGACUGAUGGUCGGUAUUUCCUACAGGCCAGCCAGCAGAUGGACAACAACUGGACCCUUAUGAAGAUGGGACUGAAGGAGACCCCCUCUCAGGAGGACUGGCUCAUCAGUGUCCUGCCAGACAACUCUAAAGUGGGGGUGGAUCCCUGGAUCAUUGCAGCUGAUCAGUGGAAGAACAUGUCAAAGGCUCUGAUGAGUGCAGGUCAUUCCCUGGUGGCAGUGCAGGAUAACCUAAUCGAUGUGGUCUGGACAGACCGCCCAGAAAGACCCAGUACACAGCUCCGAACCCUGGGAUUAGAUUACACUGGUAUGUCUUGGCAGGACAAGAUCACAGCGCUGCGAGCCAAGAUGACGGAGAGGAAAAUCACCUGGUUUGUUGCCACGGCGUUGGACGAGAUUGCAUGGCUUUUUAACCUUCGAGGUGCAGACAUUGAGUACAAUCCAGUGUUCUUCGCAUAUGCCAUAGUAGGCAUGAACACAAUAAGGCUUUUUGUGGACCUAAAGCGUCUUUCUGAUCCCUCACUGAGAGAACAUCUGCAGCUGGACUCGCCAAGCAAACCUGAGCUGAGCGUCCACACAUUCCCGUACGAGUCGGUCUACACUGAGCUUCAGGCCAUCUGCGCCGCACACGGCCCCAAAGACAAAGUGUGGAUCUGCGACAAGGCUAGCUGUGCUCUCACACAGGUUAUUCCCAAGGCCCACAGGACACAGAUUCCCUACACUCCACUCUGCCUCGCUAAGGCGGUGAAGAACGCCACUGAGAUUCAAGGCAUGAAAAUGGCCCAUAUCAAGGAUGCAGUUGCGCUCUGUGAACUUUUUGCUUGGUUGGAAAAGGAGAUUCCAAAAGGCACUGUGACCGAGAUCUCUGCUGCCGAUAAAGCUGAAGAGCUACGCAGUCAACAGAAGGACUUCGUUGGUCUCAGUUUCCCCACCAUUUCCAGCGUUGGUCCAAAUGGUGCGAUCAUACAUUACAGACCACUGCCUGAAACCAACAGAACCCUCUCCUUAAAUGAAGUUUACCUGAUCGACUCCGGAGCUCAAUACAUUGAUGGCACCACUGAUGUCACACGCACCAUGCACUUUGGGACACCAUCGGCUUUUGAGAAGGAAUGCUUUACAUACGUGCUGAAGGGGCACAUAGCUGUCAGUGCUGCUGUUUUCCCCAAUGGAACAAAAGGACACCUGUUGGAUUCAUUUGCUCGUGCAGCUCUGUGGGAGUCAGGGCUGGACUACCUUCAUGGCACGGGACACGGUGUAGGUUGUUUCCUCAACGUCCAUGAGGGCCCAUGUGGAAUCAGCUAUAAAACGUUUGCUGAUGAGCCUCUGGAGGCUGGCAUGAUCGUCAGUGAUGAACCUGGCUUCUAUGAAGAUGGAUCUUUUGGCAUCCGUAUUGAAAAUGUGGUUCUUGUGAUCCCAGCGAAGCCCAAAUACAACUACAGAAACAGAGGCAGUCUGACAUUUGAGCCCCUCACUCUGGUUCCUAUCCAAGUGAAGAUGAUAAACACAGAGCUCCUCACUCAGAAGGAGCGUGACUGGGUCAACGAGUACCACAGAAAGUGUCGGGAGGUGGUCGGAGCAGAGCUGGAGAGGCAGGGCAGGAAGGACGCACUGGAGUGGCUGAUCAGAGAGACGCAGCCAAUCAUCUGAGGACCUACUAUUGUCUGACUGAUCAUUUGCUCUGAAGUGAUAAUCAUUUGUAUUUUCUCAUCUUUUUCUGUGUCUCACUCUGCUUCUUUUGUAAAGCACAUCGUACCAGCAGUUUUACUAAAGAUCAUUAAAAAAUUGUGA